ACCAGAAGAACACGCAAAGAAUUGUCUCGAACGCCUCUGUGCCCACAGCAGAAAGCUAUUCCCUUACCUUGGUAACCUUGCAUGGCUCAAUGUGGGGACCUAUUCUAUAUAAGCUUGGGAAAACUGAAGGCACGCCUGUUUUGUUUACACCUCUUUGUUUAUUCGACCUCUGUUAUUGUGACCGCUGUUAUGAAGCUUUACAUAGUUCUACUAGCAACAUCGUUUGCAGUAGCAGCAUCUCAGAAGAACCAAUACACCACCCCAGUUCCAAUUUUGAAACAGAUUAACAAACACAACGAAGAUGGAUCUUACAGCUAUGGCUACGAGGCUGCAGAUGGUACCUUCAAAAUAGAAACUAAAUACCCAGAUGGUGAGGUUUAUGGAAAAUAUGGAUACGUUGACGACACUGGUAAACUUCGUGAAGUAGAAUACGGAGCCAGUAAAAGAGGUUUUGAACCCAAUGGUAACGAUAUUCAAGUACCACCACCAACAUUGAAGCAGAACCCAAGUGCUUCAAGACCUUUGGCACCAAAUGAGAUCGACGAUGGUCAAUACAGGGAAGACCCAAGCGUUUACUACCAGAAUGAGGAUGGUUAUAGGUCAAGGAACCAGUAUCAACAACCACAGUCCAUUUAUAGACCACAACCACAGCAACAACCACAACCUCAACCACAGUUCAGACCUCAACCACAACCUCAAUCUCAGUUUGACUUCAACUUCAACUGGGAUCAACCCAAACCAACACCUCAGUACCAACCACAGUACCAGCAACCCAGACCCCAGUACUAUCAACCCCCAGCACCUCAGCCUACCUACAGACCUCAACCUUAUUACAACCCUCAACCACAACCAGCUUGGAAUCAGCAGAACUGGGCGCAUCAAUUCCAAGGUCAUCCAGCUUCCAACGUUGACAUCUGGACUGGUUCUUACUCUGUAAACUAUAGGCGAUAAGUUGAUGGUAGUAAUUUUGUACAAAGAGUAACAGUGAAUGCUUUUGAUGUAUAUAAGUCCUACCAGGAGCAGAUCCUUGUCUGAUCGAAGAUAAAGUUUCUGCUCACUCUCUAGGAAAUAACCUUGAAAUGGCAUUUUGGUGUGAGACAAUCGUUCAAGCGUUUUUUAGGACAUUAGGUAAUUCAUGCAAAGGUGUAAUAAAACUUAUUGAAUUGUGGUUCAGGUCAACCCGCAAGUCAUUACGAGAAUUUUUUUGGAGCAUAACAUUAGAUGCAUUUCUUAAUACUCUAUUCGAAUUAUAGGUUGAUGUGGGUUGCAAUAUGAAUACCGCUUCUUAUGAAUGAGUACAUAACUUUAGAUUCAUAUAGCCAAUAUGAAAUAUUCUUUAAAGAAAGUUGCAUCAUGAAUAUAAUAAUUCUUUUGCAACAAAGUUUACAGCGAAAUUAUUGCUAACCUUUUUAUGAUGACUGUUUUUCGAUCUGAUGAAUAUGUUAAUACCAAUGAACAUUUUACCCCUUAUUUCAAGGUUAUUAUGUUAGAAACAAAGUCUAUGAGUCUAUGAAUAUCUAGUACCUACUAUGAAAAUAACUAUUCGUUUUUAGUUCUUGUUAAUCUAAUCGAUUUUUUCACCUCAAAAUGCCAUGUCAAAUCAACUGAAGCUAGUCUUUGUUAAGAUGAUUAUUUUAUAAUGUAUAUAAUAUAAUGAAUUUCAAAUGAAAAUAAAGCGAAGAAACUGG